CCUGAUGCGGCUCACAGCUCAGCCGGCUCUGAGCUCCUGGCUCCCGGAGUGGCCAGGGACACAGCACACCAGCCCUGGUGUCCCAGCCAGAGAGGCUGGGCAGGGGACCAGUGCACCCGUCUACGUGGACGAUGGAAGAGGGGGAAAGGAGCCCCCUGCUGUCUCAGGAUGCUGGGAGCCAGGAGCCACCCCGCUCCGGGAGCAGCCCACUCACGUCAAGCCCCCUGGGCCCAGCCCUGCAGGUGGGAUGGGCGGCAGGCCCGGCCCCCUCCCUUUCCCUGGGAACCAGCUGCCUCAAGUGUCUGACUUUUCUGUCUAACUUCCUCUUCUCUCUGCUUGGCCUGCUGGCCCUGGCCAUUGGGCUCUGGGGCCUGGCCGUCAAGGGGUCUCUAGGGAGUAGCUGGGGGGGCCCCCUGCCCGCAGACCCCAUGCUGGGGCUGCUGCUGGUGGGGCUGGUGGUCAGCGCAGUGAGCCUGGCGGGCUGCCUGGGCGCCCUCUGCGAGAACACCUUCCUGCUGCGCUGCUUCUCCGCGGGCCUCCUCGCCUUUCUGGUGCUGGAGGCCGUGGCGGGGGCCCUGGUGGUGGCCCUCUGGGGCCCGCUGCAGGACGGCCUGGAGCACGCCCUACGCUUGGCCAUCACCCGGUACCAAGACGACCCCGACCUGCACUUCCUCGUCGACCAGGUGCAGCUUGGGCUGCGGUGCUGCGGGGCCGCCUCCUACCAGGACUGGCAGCAGAACCUGUACUUUAACUGCAGCUCGCCUGGGGUCCAGGCCUGCAGCCUUCCUGCCUCCUGCUGCAUCGACCCUCAGGAAGAUGGAGCCUCUGUCAACGACCAGUGCGGCUUCAGUGCCCUGGGCUUGGAUGAGGAUGCGGCUCAGAGAGUGGUGCACCUGGAGGGCUGCGGGGGGCCACUCCGACAGUGGCUGCGGGAGAACAUCCGGGCGGUGGGCGGCUUCGUGAUCGCGGUCGUGGUGGUCCAGGGGGCAGAGCUCCUGCUGGCCACGCAGCUGGUGAGGGCUCUAGCUGUCCGCAAGGCGGCGACGAAAAGCCGCGGAACCGGCGGGGCGGCCGGUCCUGUCCAGCGGAGCUGCGGCGCCUGUGGCGGCGCCCCAGCCACGCAGGCCCCGGGCUGACCGGCAGAUGGGACGAAAGUCGGGGGCGCCGGGAUGGGGUACAGGGCUGCAGGCCUCCCCCGCUUCCCAGUGCCAGAGUCCCGCACCAGCCGCUGUGGACGCGCACCUCAGACACCUGGCCUCCUCCACCUGCUGUGCCUUGGGCCCUCAAGGUUCCCUUUCUGCAGGGCGGGCGCCGCCUCCUGCCCGGUCUAUUUUCCCAAGGCCCCCCGCCGCCCGAUUUCGCACUUCCAGAGCCUCUCGCCCAGACCACCGCCUCGCGCUGCUCCCGCGCUUGCCAACCGCGUUGGCCUGGGUGUAACCGCAGGCCCGCCUGAGCGCUGCUGCCUGGCGGUAUCUGCCUCCCAAGGACGGUGCCCGCGAGGCCACCAGGUGGGAGAGAGAAAGCUGAGUGAAAUCCUGCUGCUGGGCCCUCAAUUCCCACCCCCAUGCCCACUUCUGACCCCUGCACUUGACCGCUUCCUCCCGUGCCAGCCUUCCAGGCUCCGCCUAAGGGCCCCGCCCAUGAUGCCACCCCUGAAGCACCAGUUAUCACCACGGCCUGUCAUCUGCACUCCUCUGAGGCCACCUCUCCCCUUCCCAGGCCUCUGCCUCCAGAAGGCUGUUUUGCGGGGAGUAAGUGUUAUUGAGAUGUAUCAUUCACACAGUAAAUUGCACCGAUCUUAA